AUUCUAAUUUAUUGUUAAAAAUAAGAGACUGUUUUAUAAUUUAGUAGGACCUUUAUGAAAAAUUCAUACAUUAUUGUUUUAGAAAAAAAGUAUUUAGUAAUAAUUAGUGACAAGGUGUAUAUUUGUAUUUGUAUAUAAGUGCAAUGAAUCGUGAAGAAGACAGAAGUGAGUCCGAAGAAGAACAUGAGAAAUCUAAAAGUCCAUCCGUGGAUUCUCAAAGAUCUGCUAGAAGUCGAUCCAAAUCUAAUUCUGGCAGUCCUUCUCCAAGAUCCAAUCAAUCAUCACCUGCACAACCAAGAUCACCAGCGUCUGUGCUUUCUAAUGCUAACUCUAGGAAAUCAUAUUCUAGAUCUCCUUCACGUUCACCUUCGAGGAACCGAUCAAUUUCCCCUUCUUCUGUUAAAAAUCAAAGAUCAUCUAGAAUUAAUUCAAAAUCUGUUGGAAGGAAAAGUACCUCAAGGUCACCUUCUAAAUCUCCAACACCAGAAGUAGAUGGAAAAAUUAUUCAAAGCGAAUCGCAGUCACCUGGUUCUGUGGGUUCGGCAAAAUCUCGAUCACGUUCAAGAUCAAGAAGUUCUUCUCCAGCAGAAUCUGGAAAAAGUUCCGAUUUAGCGUCCCGAGAAAAUUCACGAUCUAGAUCCAGAUCGACAUCACCUAAACGUAGUAAUCCACCAUCAAAAUGUUCUUCCCCAAAAGUUAAUUCUCGUUCCUGUUCUAGAUCACCUACGCCAUUUAAGGCGCGUUCCCGAUCAAAUUCCCGCUCUCCUUCUAGAUCUCCGAAGGUAGCUAUUAGAUCCAGAUCGAAUUCGCAAAAAUCGCCUCAAGCCGCAUUUCGAUCACCAUCAAAUAGUCCUAGUCGAAAGUCACGUAGUAGGUCUCCCAGAUCACGUUUAGAUGAGAAAAAAGCUUCACUUUCUCCAGCUUUGGAAGAAAAAGAUCACUCACCAUCGCGUGUUAAAAAUUCUCCACCACGUAUGAGAUCCAAAUCUCGAUCGCUGGAUAGAUCAAGAAAAGAUUCCCCUAAUUCGCACAAUAGUACACGUUCGAAAUCCCUUACGAAAUCUCCAGAUAAUAAACGUAAAUCUCGAUCCCGAUCUGGAUCUAAAUCAGAUUCUGAAUCAAGAAAACAAUCACCUGGAACAUCGCGAAAAGAAUCCUUAUCUAGAUCACCUUCAGUGGAACUUAAGGUACCAUCACGUUCGAAAUCAAGGACACCGUCAGAUUCGAGACUCGCAUCAAAAUCUAGAUCACGCUCAAGAUCCGGUUCAAGAAAAUCAGUGUCCAGAUCAAAGUCAAGAUCUUUAUCAGGAUCGCGUAAAGGAUCACAGUCUCCUAAUUCAAGAAAAAGUUCUCGUUCUCGGUCAAGAUCUAGUUCUAGAUCAUCUAAAUCCCGAUCUCGAUCUCGAUCUCGAUCUCGCUCUAGCUCAAAAGUGUCUCGUUCCAGAUCACGUUCCGGAUCGCGAUCAAAAUCGAGAUCACGAUCAAAAUCAAAAUCCCGCUCCAGAUCCCUUUCAGGUUCGCCAUCAAGAUCACAUUCUAGAUCACGUUCACCAUCGCAUUCAAGGUCAAGGUCAGCAUCAGCUGUUGGAUCUAGACAUUCAUCGCGAUCCAAAUCAAGAUCAAGGUCUCGUUCAGAAUCAAAGUCUAGAAGAUCAAGAAGUCGCAGUGAAGAUUCUGAAGAUGCUAUUAAAAAAAAGAAUAGAGUUUUAUCCGAUUCUGAAGAAGAAGAGGGUGGUAUUAAAGCAACAAAAAAGAUAAAACAUGGAAUAACCGAUUCGGAUAAUGAAGUAGACGAUGAAGUAACAAAAGUAAAAAAAGAUGGAGAUGAACAAAAGGAAGAAGGUGAAGUAGCAGGAAACAAAGAGUUUCAAGAUACUGUACAAGAGAACGAAGAUUCUGAUGAUGAAAUAAUCGCGGAAGGAGGAUUGAGUAGCAGAUAUAUAGAUGAUUCAAUGUCAGAUUUUGAUCGUAUGUUAGCUCGUAAGAAAGAAGAACAAUCACGAAGACGCAAAAGAAAAGAUAUUGAUAUAAUUAACGAUAAUGACGACAUUAUAGCUCAAUUAUUAUCUGAUAUGAAAUCUGCAUCAGAGGAAGAUAGAAAAUUAAAUCAGCAGAAUAAACCAGCUACCAAUAAAAUUGCAAUGUUACCGAAAGUAUUAUCACAACUUAAAAAACACGAUCUUCAGUUAGCUUUCUUGGAGCAUAAUGUAUUGUCAGUUUUAACAGAUUGGUUGGCGCCGAUGCCUGAUCGCUCCUUGCCAUCUUUAAAAAUAAGAGAUAGUCUUUUGAAGCUUUUGUGGGAAUUUCCACGAAUCGACCAAGCUUCCUUAAAACAAUCUGGUAUUGGUAAAGCUGUAAUGUAUCUUUAUAAGCAUCCUAAAGAAACGAAAGAAAAUAAAGAGCGGGCCGGCAAAUUAAUUAAUGAAUGGGCACGACCCAUAUUUAAUUUAUCUGCAGAUUUUAAAGCCUUAUCAAAGGAAGAAAGAAUGCAAAGAGAUUUGGAACAAACACCUCAAAAACGAAGAAAAAUCGAUGAUGGUGGUUCUUCCCAAAAAUCACAAGAUAUUAAUAAAGCUUUAAAAGGAGAUGCUAAGCCAUUGAGGCCUGGAGAUCCUGGUUGGGUUGGAAGGGCUAGAGUUCCUAGACCUUCUAAUAAAGAUUAUGUUAUAAGACCUGAUUGGAAGUCUGAUGUUGAUAUUAGUAGAAGUACUAAGAAACAAAUGAAUAGAUUCGAAAGGCAUAUGAAAAACUACAUUGAUAGUAAACGAAUAAAAGCAACUAGGAGAGCAGUGGAUAUAUCUAUCGAAGGCCGUAAAAUGUCUUUAUAA